AUGGCCUAUGAAUAUGUCCCCACUGGACCUCACUUAUUUCAGGAGAGGCUUUGUCCCAAAUACAGCUGUCUUUUGGAGUUAGUCAGUGCCACGGACUACCCCCAGCCAAAACACCAUAUUCUCUCUUUAAAGCAAUUUAGCUUUGAUAUAGCUGAAGAAGCAUCUAAAGUCUGCCUGGCUCAUCUUUUCACGUACCAGGAUUUUGAUAUGGGAACUCUUGGCUUAGCUUACGUGGGUUCUCCCAGAGCAAACAGUCAUGGAGGGGUUUGCCCAAAAGCUUACUACAGCCCAGGUGGGAAGAAAAACAUCUAUUUGAAUAGUGGUCUGACUAGUACAAAAAAUUAUGGUAAAACCAUCCUUACAAAGGAAGCUGACCUGGUUACAACUCACGAAUUAGGACACAAUUUUGGAGCAGAACAUGACCCUGAUGGGCUAGCAGAAUGUGCCCCAAAUGAGGACCAGGGAGGAAAGUACGUUAUGUAUCCCAUAGCUGUGAGUGGUGACCAUGAAAACAAUAAGAUGUUUUCAAACUGUAGUAAGCAGUCCAUCUACAAGACCAUAGAAAGUAAGGCUCAGGAGUGCUUCCAGGAGCGCAGCAACAAGGUGUGUGGCAACUCCAGGGUGGAUGAGGGAGAAGAGUGUGACCCAGGCAUCAUGUACCUGAACAACGACACCUGCUGCAAUAGUGACUGCACGCUGAAGCCAGGUGUGCAGUGCAGUGAUAGGAACAGCCCUUGUUGUAAAAAUUGCCAGUUUGAGACGGCCCAGAAGAAGUGCCAGGAGGCUAUUAAUGCUACUUGCAAAGGCGUUUCUUACUGCACAGGGAAUAGCAGUGAGUGCCCCCCACCAGGAGAUGCUGAAGAUGACACUGUGUGCUUGGACCUUGGCAAGUGCAAGGCUGGGAAAUGCAUCCUUUGCAAGAGAGAGCAGGAACUAGAGUCUUGCGCGUGUGCUGACACCGACAACUCAUGCAAGGUGUGCUGCAGGAACCUUUCCGGCCCGUGUGUGCCCUACGUUGAUGCAGAGCAAAAGAACUUAUUUUUGAGGAAAGGGAAGCCCUGUACAGUAGGAUUUUGUGACAUGAAUGGAAAAUGUGAAAAACGAGUACAGGAUGUAAUUGAGCGAUUCUGGGAUUUCAUUGACCAAUUGAGCAUCAACACUUUCGGAAAGUUUUUGGCAGACAACAUCGUAGGGUCCGUCCUGGUUUUCUCCUUGCUAUUCUGGAUUCCAUUCAGCAUUCUUGUCCACUGUGUGGAUAAGAAACUGGACAAGCAGUAUGAAUCCCUAUCUCUGUUUCACCACAGUAACAUUGAGAUGCUGAGCAGCAUGGAUUCGGCAUCUGUUCGCAUUAUCAAGCCUUUCCCUGCACCCCAGACUCCAGGUCGUCUGCAGCCCCUGCAACCGGCCCCCAUGAUGCCGCCAGUGUCUGCGGCUCCAAAACUGGACCACCAGAGGAUGGACACCAUCCAGGAAGACCCCAGCACAGACUCGCAUGUGGAUGACGAUGGCUUUGAGAAGGACCCUUUCCCUAACAGUAGUGCAGCUGCCAAGUCUUUUGAGGACCUCACAGACCACCCUGUCACCAGGAGUGAAAAGGCGGCCUCCUUUAAGCUGCAGCGUCAGAACCGCAUAGACAGCAAGGAGACAGAGUGUUAGUGCUCAGCCACACCCUCCAGGACAGGCACAUGCAGAUGCUAGAGAGCUGAGCUAAACCAAACAUUGUGACAACCCAAGGAACAUGAAGCAACUUACAGGAUGCCGGUCAUGUGACGUGACCUUCCUAUAACAACCGGUGUAGGUCCUUGAAGGGGUGAGGUCAAUCUGGCUAAGUUCAGGUUUUGGGUUUUUCUCUUUUAUAAUCUAAAAUCUCCUUUGACCUGUGGUGCAGAAGUAGAAAAUAAGGCUGCACGGAUGCUUGGGGACAGUCUGUCUGUCUACACUGCAAGGGCCCCUGGCCACAGUGAAACACUGGGCAGGUAUUACCUAGGGUAGCUGGAAUAUACUUUCUUAUUAUGUUUUGCCUUCAAGUAAAAGCAGAGGAACUAGCUGUAUGUAUACACUGUCUCUAAAUAUGGCCUGUCUUGUCACUGGAACUUUUGCAGAUAUAAAGUCCUGUCUACACUUAGGGCCAUAUUGACUAAGAACGGUCCUGUCCAGGAUGAAGACUCUAGCUUCAAGUGAGGUGUGCAGUAAUAGCCACGAGAACUUAGAGAUGACCCAUUCACAGGGUAGUUUCUCUGCCUUACAAAACAAACCAAUAUUGGGCUGGAGGAUUGGGCCAACAGUUAAGAGUGCCCGGUUCUAUUCCCAGCACCCACACGGUAGCCUUCUGACCUCUGUGGCACCAGACAUGCAUAUGAAACACAGACAAACGUGGGCAAAAUACUCACACAUAAAAUAAAAAAAGCCAAGUGCUGAUACAGUUUCAGAACCCAGCCGGGAAGAACGUGAUUUGUGGUGUUGUAAGCUUGAGCAAGCGGCUCUUACCAGACCCAGCUCUGGACAGUGCUGCCACUCUCCACCUGGGGCCCAGCCCUGGAAGAACUAUCUUCAGACCCAGCAAGACAGCCACAUGACCUCCGGCUUUAGUGCUUCAGGAGCCUGGAUGCAGCGCACUUACUGUGCGGAGGAUAAAAACCAUUACCCUGAGUUAUGAUUUCUAUAAAGUCUAGUUGUAAAAGCAUUUGUUCUAAGAGUUAAAAUGUGCUCACCAGCCAACACAUUUUAACCAAGAUAACUUGUAAACUCUGAGGACAGCUAACCAAACCUGUGCCUUAUCUCUGAAGAUGUCUGUUACACUAAUACUUGAACAUGUACCUUGUGGUAUUUGCUCUUUUAACUAGCCAUGAUAGCCUUAUAUUUUGAGGAUUUUCUAUAAGGUGAAUGGGGUGUGUGGGUGUAUGUAUGAAUCAAAGUUCUUGGCAGAAUAUAAGAAAAGCAUUUUUUAUAAAAUUGACCCUUUUUAAACAAA